AAGGACCCCCCCAGUGCCCACCCACCCCAAGCACGGCUCCCCUCACCCAUGGCCAUGAACUUCCCCCUCAUCAAGGCACCCACCUCUAAUUGCUGAGCAGCCUCUGGCUAAUUAACACCCUCACAGAGGGGUGGGGGGUGGGCUCUGGGGCAUCAGGGAGAGCUGGGCAGAAGGGCAGCCCCCCCCAUCCCAAUUAGCAUUCUGUGCACAUGCCUUAAUUAGUCUCUUCAAAUAUUAAUGCUGGCCACUGGGCUCAGCCCGGGCCUGGGGGGGCCUGAGGGGGGUCUCUGGCCGUGUCCUCCCAGAUGUGUCCCCCACACUCCCCAGCUGUCACCACCCCCCAGCACCAGUGGGACCCCGAGAGGGACCCCGAGAGGGACCUUUGUUUGGGGACAGACAAUGCCAGGAGGGGACUUGGGGCAGGGCUGGGGGGCUCCCAACCUCCUGCCCCCAGUGUGGUGUCUGAGCCCCCCAAACCGCGCGGCAGAGGGGGAGCAGAGCCCCCCGUGCCCCCCGGGACGAGCUCCCCGGGGUGGGUGACAGAGCUGGGGGGUCCUUGUUCCCCCCAAAACCCUGCAACCCCCAGCCCCGUGGCAGGAGGGGAUCCCAUCGCUGGGGUCUGGGGGUCCCGGUGGCCCCCCCUCCUUCUCCCGGUGUCACUCGGGGGUCCCGGUGCCCCCCGCCACUCGCGGGGGGGGAUGAGCCCCGCGGGGUCCCGCCGUGUCGCCCUCGCUGUCCCUGCCGGUGUCCCCUCGGUGGUCUCGCCCCCCCCGUGCCGGUGCCCCCGGCGAGGCGGGGGAUCGGGGGGGAUCGGGGGGGGAUCGGGGGCUCCGGUCCGCGCCGCGCGCGGCGGCGACACAAAGCGGCUCCGGCGGCGGCGGCGGCGGCGGCGGCGGGGGGGGUCCCGGCGGGUCCCGGUGGUCCCGGUGCCGCUCCCCGCCAUGGCCAAGUGGCUCCGGGAGUACCUGGGCCGGGGGGCCCGGCGCUCCCCCCCGCGCCCGCCCCAGCCCGACUACAGCGGUCCCGGGGGUGCCCCCGCCGCCGCCGCCCCCGGAGCCGCGCUCCGCGGCCCCGCCGCCUCCCCGCGCCGCCGCCUCGUGCGGGUGGGGGGCGCGGGGCCGGGGGGCGGCCCCCGCCGCCUGCAGCAGGGCCCAGGGGAGAGCGAGUACUCCGAGCCCUUCGAGGGGGAGCAGGACCCGGCGGCCGAAGGCGGCUGCGACGAGGAGGCCACAGGGUGCCCGCGGCAGGGCGAGGGCCGGCGGGUGCGGCCGCGCAGGGGUCCCCAACUCUACGACACCCCCUCCGAGGAGUGGGACACGGCCGGGGACGGCCCGGGGGGACCCCCGGCCCGAGAGAGCCGCCUGCCCCGCGACGAUGAGCGCCCGGCCGACGAGUACGACCAGCCCUGGGAGUGGAAGAAGGAUCACAUCUCACGGGCGUUCGCAGUGCAGUUUGAGAGCCCCGAGCGCUCCCCCAGCCUGUCCCGGCGGGUGCCACCCUCCCCCCGGACCCCCGGCGGCCCCCGGCCCGGCUGUCCCCCCAGCCCCAGGCACGUGGACACCUCGCUGCCCCUGGAGAAGCAGGCGUGGUACCACGGCCCCAUCGGGCGGGCGGGCGCGGAGACGCUGCUGGCGCUGUGCCGCGAGGGCAGCUUCCUGGUGCGGGACUGCGAGACCAGCCCCGACGACUACUCGCUGUCCCUCAGGAGCAGCCAGGGUUUCGUGCACGUGAAGCUGACGCGGACGCGGGAGCAGCACUUCACGCUGGGCCGGGCCGGGGCCGCCUUCCCGUCGGUGCCCGCGGCCGUGGGGCACUACACAGCCCGGGCACUGCCCGUGCGCGGUGCCCGCCACCUGUCCCUGCUCUACCCCGUGGCCGUGCAGCCCCUCUGAGCCCCCGGGACCCCCCCCAUUAAAGCCACCCUGUCACA